CAUUACUCUUCGCCUCAAUUCAUCCGAAGCGACGACACACGCUCGGCUGACCUUGUCUCCCCCCCCUCCCCCAAUCGCAGCCAUGCUCGCCCGCACCGCACUGGCCCUGUUCGUGGCCACUGUGGUGGUGACGCUUGCUGCAUCCACAACUGCAGUCCAAGUGACGAUCAGCCCCAACCCGGUGUCCACGACCUUCCGCGUGAAUGAAGGUUUCAGCCAAGUGUUUGAGCUCAAGCUAGACGAGCCCAUCAUCUGCCAAGGCGACGCUGAACGCGAGUGCAACGUCGUCAUCAAGCUGACCAACUCCCACCCCGAAGAGCUCGCCCUUGACUCUUGCCACGUCAAGUGGCUCCCCCACCAGUGGACAGAGUCCCGAUUCAUCACUGUCCGCGCUGUUGAGGAUUUCAUUGAUGAUGGCGAGAAGGAUUUCACCAUUGUGACGGAGCCCAUUGACAGCGCGUCGCUGUACUACAACGGCUUUGACCUGCCGGACCUGAGCCUGGAGACGGCCCCGCGGCCCUCGGCCGUGUGCCGCGCCACGGGCGACCCCCACUACCGCAGCUUUGACGGCCACGCGUUCCACAUUUACGCCCCAGGCCGCGUCAUCUUCUACAAGUCCACCGUGCGCAGGUUUGAGGUGCAGACGGACAUGUACUCGUUCUCCCGCCCCGCCGUCCACUGCGCCAUUGCCGCCCGCGAGGGCAACGACAUUGUCGUCAUCAGCCUGUGCGAGGACGGCCACACGGUGCGCUACCGCCGCUCCUGCGGCAGCACGCAGUGCGAUUCGGGCUCCUACCCAAAGGUGGGCAUCACGGGCUCCUCCAACCCGCGCUACGUUAUCCAGUUUGCCUCGGGCGCCCGCGUCGAUGCGCAGGUCAACUACUGGUCCGCCAUCCGCCGCCGCUACAUCAACGUCUACGUCACCGCCCCCGGCGUGGACUACGGCAACACCGUCGGCGUCUGCGGCAACAACAACGGCAACCCCAACGACGACAUGGACAUUGGCUACAACAGGUGGAUCUACAACCUGGACCUGCUGUACGAGAGCCAGCGCCCGACGGAGAAUCUCUUCUCCUGGUACCCGAGCGGCAUCUCGGACGACGGCCCCACGCUGCCGCCGUUUGCGGAGGAGUGCGACUACCAGGACCCGCCCUUUGUCCGCCCCAUCCUCAACAACCCGGACGUGGAGGACAUCACGGGCAUCCUCAAGAAGAGCAUCCCCGCAGACGAGGAGGACGCCGAGGGCAUCGACUUUGACGGCUCCGUCAUCGCCGAGCAGCUGCCACAGGAGUGGACCCAGCAGGAGGCCGAGGCCGAGUGCAACAAGCUCAACGCCCACCCCGUCGCCGUGCGCUGCCUGCACCUCUUCCCGCAGUUCCCCAUGGACGCCUUCCUCGCUCAGUGCGUGGAGGACCUGAUUGAGACGGGCGGCGACCCGGACUUCCUCGCCGUCGCCGUUGACGCCCUGGAGGACCAGUGCGCCGACUUUGGCAACCGCGACCUCGACACCUGGGAGAAAGACGAGGACGGCAACCCGAUGGAGCCCGACGGCGAGCUGCAGACGGUGCUCUGCCCCAACGGCUGCUCCGGCCACGGCCAGUGCGUCAAGUCCCGCUGCGUGUGCGACGAGUUUUUCACCAGCGAGGACUGCUCCCUGGACCAGCGCCAGCCGCCCUCGCUCGACCGCGCCGACCCGCCCCUCUGCGACACGCGCGGCCGCUUCGGCUGCCCCGCGGAGAUCUCCGUGCUCGGCGAGGGCUUCUGGAAGUCGGCCGGCCUCGCCUGCCGCUUCAACGGCGACGUGGUGACGGAGGCCCUGUUCCUCUCCGCGCUCGAGGUGCGCUGCCGCGUCCCCACCGUCGAGCAGUCUGGCAGCAACCAGGUCACCCAGACCAUCGAGGUCUCCAUGGACGGCGAGAACUGGAGCGAGCCCUCGGCCUCGUUCACCUGGUACGACUCUGUGUGCCAGGUGUGCACCGCCCACGGCUGCGAGCCCAACGCGGACGCCUGCACCAUCGACGGCGUCUGCUACCUCGCCUCCCAGACCAACGCCGCCGACGAGAACAUUUGCCAGACGUGCCAGCCCGCGGUGUCCUCCUCGGACUGGAGCUUUGACUACACCAACGGCGCCGAGUGCGGGCCCAAGUUCACCUCCACCAUGUACACGGGCCGCAUCGUCGGCAGCGCCAGCCAGGGGGACGAGCUCGUCACCGUCGACGCCAUGAACCCGCUCGUUGCCGGCGACGCCAGCAACACGGUCACCUACUCCAUCCGCGGCACCAACCACAUUCUCGCCGUGGACCAGGCCGGCCGCGUCACCCUCACGCAGGACUUUGAGGUCACCGAGGACGUGCUGCACAACCAGGCGUUUGAGAGCCUCGUGCACGUGGUUGCCACAGACUCUGCCGGCAACUCUGUCGAAGUCCCCCUGUACAUUGAGCUCCAGCUCACCAACUCCCAGCCGCUCUUUGCCGAGACGCAGUACGUCUUCACCGUGGCCGAGUCCGCGGCCGUGGGCAGCGUCGUCGGCCGCGUCACCGCCGACGACACCAACACGGACGGCGACUGGGGCAACGUGGUGUACAGCUGGGCGCACGUCGAGGCCAACACGGGCGGCGUGUUCCUCGUGGACCCCACCACGGGCGACAUCACCGUUGGCGCGGCCCUCGACUUUGAGUCCAAGGCCGCCUACAGCAUGCGCCUCGGCGCCCGCGACGGCGGCGGCCAGUCCCACAGCACCGACGUUGUCAUCAACAUUGAGGAUGUCAACGAGGCGCCGGAGGACAUGCAGCUGUCCCCCGCCAGCGUGCCCGAGAACAGCGACGUCGGCACCGCCGUCGGCACCGUCUCCGUGACAGACCCGGACGCCGGCGACGAGCACACGCUCGCCCUCGAUGCGGGCGACGCCGCCAACUUUGCCCUCGUGGGUGCAGAGCUGCGCACCGCGCGCGUGUUUGACUUUGAGAACGAGGAGGACAGGUCCCUCAGCGUGACCGUGACCGCCACGGACAAGGCCGGCAACGCCAUCACGCGCACGUUCGCGGUGGAGGUGACCAACGUCAACGAGGCCCCGACCAACCUGCGCCUGGUGGACCAGCCCGAGGGCACCACCACCAUCCUCGUGCCGGAGGCCGCGCCCAUUGACCGCGCGGUCGCCGACAUUGACGUGGACGACGUCGACUCGGACAUUGUUGGCUGCACCCUCACCCAGACGGACGGCAGCAACUUUGUCAUGCAGAACCGCCGCAUCAUCCUCGUGCAGGCCCUCGACUACGAGGCCGACAUGGAGCACAUGGUGGAGAUUGUGUGCGCCGACGACCAGGGCGCCGCCUCCCAGCCGCUCGUCAUCACCGUGCAGGUUGUCAACAACAACGACGGCGCGGAGAACGUCGCGCUCACCCUGGUCCAGGACCCGCUCCCGGAGAACACGGCCACGGGUACGGUGAUUGGUGCCAUCUCCGCGGAGGACCACGACGCCAACAGCGGCCCGCUCUCCUUCUCGCUCCCCGCCGACGUUGCCGGCAUCCUGAGCCUGGGCGCGCCGGCGUGCCAGCCCGAGAACGGCGUGAUGAAGUGCUCCGUCGCCGUCACGCUCGAGUCUGAGCUCAACUACGAGGCCACACAGGACGGCACCUUUGCCUUUGUGGUGAAGGUGGUGGACGACCAAGGCAUGCUCAACGGCGUGGAGCUUGUUAUUCCGCUGGAGAACUCCAACGACCCCAUCACGGGCGUGGCCUGGGCCAACGGCGGCGGCAGCGUCUACGAGUCUGCCCAGCCCGGCGACAUUGUCGGCGAGCUGGUGGUUGCCGACGACGACCUUGCGCAGACGUACACCGUCACGCUGGAGUCGCACGCGGACGUGUUUGAGGUGGUGGACUCCAACUCUGCGGAGGACCAGCGCCGCCGCCGCCGCGAGGCCGAGCAGGAGCAGCUGAGCAACCCGCAGGCGCCCUCCUCCGGCAGCGCCAACACCAACUUUGCCGCCACCAUUGCCGUGCGCGACGCCUCGUCCCUCACCGCGGGCCAGACGGUCAGCCUGUCCGUGUCCAUUACCGACGCGAGCGACGAGCCGCUCACUGCCACCUUCACCAUUGACAUUGCCGUGGAGAAGGAGCCCCUCAGCAUCCGCUUUGAGGACGGCACGCACUUUGCCGGCGUGCAGGAGAACGUGGCUGCGGGCACGGUUGUGGGCACGUUUGUGCUGCGCGGCGUCCCCGCGGGCGGCAACCCUUCGAUUGCCAUUGUUCCAAGCGCCAACACGCCCACGCCGUUCCGCAUCUCGGGUGACCAGCUGCUUGUUGACGGCGCCAUCGACUACGAACUGCACCAGGCCUUCCACGUGGACGUGAGCGUGUCCUUCCCCAACCUCCCCAGCACCGCGGAGAGCAUUGAGCAGGAGCGCUUCACCGUGUACGUGACCAACGUCGACGAGCCCAUUGUCUUCACCAACAUCCCGGACACGCCCGUCUUGGUCAACACGGACGCGUCGGUCGGCAGCACGGUGUUCCGCUUUGCAGCCGUGGACCCGGAGCUGCACGCCGUCACCUUCCGCCUCACACACGACGACACCAACGGCCUGUUCAGGGUGACCAGGGACGGCGCCCUGCAGCUGGCCCGCAUGCCCUCCACCACCAACACCGCCCACGGCGUGCAUGGCGUGGAGGUGGAGGCUGUCCUCCAGAACGACCCGUCCUCUGCGCCCGCCGUGAAGGCGUCGCUCGAGGUUCGCCUGCACGACGACUGCGACGGCCAGACGUGCUCCGGCCGCGGCCGCUGCGUGGACGGCUUCCGCACCUUCACCUGCGACUGCCGCUUUGGCUUCUCCGGUGAUGUGUGCGAGCGCGCGCAGACGACCUCGACCACCACGACUACCACUAGCACCACCACCACGGCCAGCACCACCUCGGCGCCGGCCACGGACGAGAACGGCAACCCGAUUGUCACCAACCUUGGCUCUCAGCGCGACGCCUCAGCCAGCCUUGCCAGCUCCACGAUUGCGGGCAUUGCCGUUGGCAUUGUUGCGCUGCUGGUGCUGGUUGCGCUGGUUGUUGUGCUUGUUGUGCGCCGCCGCCGUACGGAGGACCUGUACGAGAGCAGCACCAAGGCGCUGCAGAGCGUGCGCGCCAUGGACAACCCCACGUUUGUUGCGCCCCAGUACGGCGUGCAGGGCGAGGGCGGCGAGGCGCAGUACACGUACUCUAUGGCCUUCCAGCCCGGCAUGAGCAACCCGCUGUACGCGUGGUACCAGCCGGACUACACGCGCCAGGAGACGACCAACGAGCUGCUCUCUGCGCCGCAGGGGUCGUUCAUUGUCCGCGACUCCAAGGCGACGCCUGGCUGGCACAUGAUUGGCGUGCGCACGGAGGAGGCUGUCAUCCACGAGAAGAUCCGCCGCACGGACGACGGCUUCUACGAGCUGGUGCCGGCCAACAACCGCCCGCAGCCGGCCUUCCCGGACCUGCCCAGCCUCGUCGGCUACUAUGGCUCGGCCAACUCGGACGCGGGCUUCACCCUCAACGUCUCCUCGCUGGACAACCCCAUGUAUGCGCAGUCGAGCAUGGGCGCGGCGUCGUCGUCCGACUACGAGGCGGUUGGCCCGACGGUGUGGACCCGCGAUGCGGAGGCGCCCGUUGUGCCGCUCAAGGAGCGCGAGAAGCAGGCCGUGCAGCAGUUUGCCAGCGUGGACGACGGCGACCUCUACUGCAACACAGAGGAGGCAAAGGCCGCCCUCGCAGACGCCUGAGCCGUGCCAUAGCUCUGUGUUGUGUCGUGUGUUUUAUGUGUGGUGUGUGUACCUGUUUGGUUGUGUUGUGGCCUCACUUUUGGCCCAUCUGCAUUUCUCAAUGCUCUUUCCCUCGUUUGUCCUUAUUCCCUCGCCCUCUUUCCCUCGUUCAUCUUCUCUUAUUCUUGUUCCCCCUCUCUUCUUGUCAUCUUGCCCCCCUCGUUAACCUUUUGCGUUUGACAUGCGUUUGAGUUGACUUGACCUGAUGCUUUGCUUGCCUUCUCCCCCCCCCUUCUUCUUUUCUCUGUGCUGUGAGCGCCUUGUUGCAUCGUUCUGUUGGUUGCCGGUGUGGUUGUUCCUUCCUUGGCACCAGCAACAAAACCCCCCGAAAUGAACAGUCCCAGCGCA